GGCGCCCGACCUCCUGCGGUAUUUCAAGUAUAAAUGUCCUGGUGACGAGCAUUGUGGGAUUUGUAGCACAACAACCGCUGGAGGCUGAAACGUGGAAUAAUCGCCAUAGGCAAUAGGCACCUGUGUGGGACAUUAUACAGAGAUUGCGGUGCCAGCAGUCAUUAUUAGUGUAUGGAAGUGUCACUGGAUUCCCGUUGCCCUCUCUGGUGCCCACACAAACAUUACUGUCACUCACAGCUGCUCAGACGGUCACACACUGUCUCUCUCCGGGAACUCUCAAAAACUCUGGAGAUUUAACUGUGGGUGAAGUAUAGGGAGCCUGGGAGUUGUCCUUCAGUAGCUCCGGCAGUGACAGGGUUAAGUGUAGUCAGGUACGUGCGCACCUCAGCCCCUCCCCUGUGUAUACUGUGACCAGCAGGAUCCGCCAGCUUCCUGGACUGAGAGGUGAGCUGGCACCCAAGGGAGACACAUACACACUGCCAUGUCCGAUCACUGCCGCCUGUGUGCCAACCCCCUUCGUGGGUCACGCCGUAAAUGGCUUUUUGGGGGUUCCAGUUCCCUUUCUACCAUUUAUUCCCAUAUUAUGGGAUCCCCUGUUUCACGGACCCCACCUGGAAGAUCCCCAAGAUCUCAUAGAGGCAAAGGAUCACCAGAAGAUUCUGAAUUUCUCUGUGGAAAGUGCUGCCACUCACUCAAUGUGUAUCAUCGCUACGACCUGGUAAUGUCUCGCAUGCGCCAGCUGUAUGAUCACAGAUCUACUCGUCUACUUGCUGAAAAAGAGAAACUCUCGUUCACCUUGCGUAGUAUUCAUGCUAGGGCAUGGGGCCUCCCUCUUCCUGACUACCAGGAUCACAGUAGCAACAGAAAUAGACAUGGAUAUCACGGCUUUGCCAAUGAGCAUAGUUCUGCUGACCAUCAGUUACACCGUCGGCCCUUUUCUCCUGGGUACCAGUUAUUAAGCCCUGGCUCUCCCUUUCCUGGCCAGCACCAUGGCUCUUUAGGUUCUCUCUCCCCUGGGACACCUGCAAAGCUAUACCACCAUCUUUUGGAGCAGGACCGCUCAAUGUGGGAGAAUGAAAGCUGGUGGGAAGACAGAAGCGACACAUGCUCACACUGUGCCAAAGGAGACAAAUGCAAGUACUGCUCCUCCUGGAGGGUUUCGGAUUCAAAUUAUGAAAAUGUUUGCUCUGCUCCUCGAAGGAUGAAACACAGUAGAGAUGAAAUGGAUCAAUCAAGUUUACACCGAAGCAAAUCACUGGGAAGUUUCUGUGGGGAGAGUAGCAGAGGGACCGUAUUGUCUUUUUCCACUUCAUCCCUAGAGAGACUCUCUUUCACAGGAGAAGAUGAAAUGGAGGUGUUUUGGGAGCCUCAAUCCCCCCUCGUUAAUUCACCUUCCAUUUUCCCUUCUUCUAAGUCUGUUUUAGGGGAGGCAUUAAAGGGUUUGAAGGAGAUAACAUACAGCCCUGUGAAAACUCCUGGCCAAAGCAGAAUUCCAGUGAGGAAGAGGGAUAGCUAUGAAAAAAUAAUUGCUGAGGCCAGAGGCGUAAGAAACAAAGGCAAUGACACUCUAGAGCAGCCCUUAGGAGAAGAGAGUGAAGCAGACAUGGAUGCAUUUAUGGGAAUUGAGCCUGAGGUCUGCAGGUCUCAAGUCUCUCAUGCUCAGCGUAUCCAGGAUACGAUUAAAUGGUUGCAAAGUCAGCUGCAAGCAAAUAAGGGCGACUGUAAUCAUCAGGAUCAAAAGGAGUCAUUCAAAGACCAGCAGGAACUGAUCCAGGAAUUGCUGAAAACUUUAAAUUUUAAGGAAGAAGUCCUGGAGGAUUGCCUGACUUUACUGUUGUCCCUGCCGGUGGUCUCCGACCCCUCAUGUGGCGACGUGGUGACCCUCAUUCAGAAGCUAAGGGAACAACAGAAGAAGCUAAAGAAGGAACCGGCAGAAUUAGAAGAGAAUGUGCAUCAGAGCAAAGAAGAAAUCCAACGAUUAAAAAUGGAGCUGUCUGAGAGAGAAGUAGAUUUGGCGCGCCUGUCGAGAGUGCUGAGAGAGAACCAGGACACCAUUACUGAUCUGCGAGACAUUCUGAGUGAAAAGGAAUUUUUGAUUCAGCAAAUGAAAAUAAGUUUAGAAUCUGCUGUCCGAUCAGCGGCCUCCCAAGAUGCCCUGCGCCUGGCUGCUCUGCGAGAGAAAGAUACACUGAUUAGUGCCGUGCAGGGAGCACUUUGCAGCAGUAACCAGGAUGUGGAGGCUCUUGCAGAUUCUCUUCUCUCUCAGGGGCUGGAUGAUUUAGGUGGGGUGCUCCCUGGUGUUUCACCUACUGAAGUGCUACUAACUCAGCUAAAGGAGAAAGGUUCUCUUGUGUCCCAGUCACUCACAGACAGUCAGAAGCAGAGUAUUCAGCACCAGAAAGACAUUCAGGAUUUGUUGAAUGCUCUCAAUGAAAGCCAGACCCUGCUGCAGGAUCAGCUGCAGCACUGUAAACAGCGCCUUCAAGCUGGAGCAGAGGAGAAAAACAAAGUACGUGAGGCUCUGCGGCUGUGUGAGGCAGAACUAAGGGCAGAGAGACAGAGAUAUAUGUGUGACAUACAACUGGCACAUGGGGAAAUGGCUAAACUUCAGGGCACUGCAAGAGAAAGGGAUAGGACUACACAGAAAUUGCUGCAGGAAGCACAGAGCAGAGACCACACAAUCAAGAGGCUGCAAGAAACACUGAGCCAAGGAGGUGUCAUGAGAGACAUGCUGUGAGAGUGAGGUUCACCACUUCCUCUGGUCACUGCUGUCCGUUCCAUCAUGGGAUACUUUGGUGCCAAUGUACUUUGUUUACAAUGAAGAUAAAUAUUUAGGAUCAUAUCUGUCAGUUCCAGAGUGGGAUUCUUUGGUGCCAAUGUACUCUGUUUACAGUUAAAUACAUGUGGAAGUGCGGGUUCCUUUCUAAUACAUUUGCUGAUAUAUAGAUCUACUUCUGCAUAGAAAGAUUGUUUCAAAGCCUUACAGGGCUAUAGUUCUCAGGAUGUUACAUUUAAAAGAUUCUAGUCAGGUGGUGAUUUAAUUCUCAUCUCGCGGGUUUGAAAUUUAGGAAGUGUGGCAACCAGUUCCUCAUUUAAACUGCCACAUUCAACUAUUAUAAUGUCAAGCAAGAAAAUAGCCAUACUGAUUGGCUGCUGUCUCUGGAAACUGGCAGUCGGGAUCAUUUUCUAAGAGCGCACAGACAGAUGCAUAAUAAAAAGCCCAAACAUUUAUGUCAAGGCCUUGAGAACCGAGCACAUAAUUAUAGGCUAUCAUAAAGCAUUGCAACUCAGGGGCAGUAAUUUGGCUAACUCCAAUAACAUUUAGCAUGAUACUGAUAAUUUAUUAUCUCCUGUACAAAUGCAUUGGGGUCAUGUUUGAGUUUGUUAAGGAAGUAGUUUGCUUUUGUAGGGUCUAUGCAACAAUGAGAACUGUGCAUUAUGUUAUUAUUGAAACUCACCUUCAUUAUUGUUAUUUCUAAACUGGGAUCCUGGAGUUUCUAUGGAAAUCAUGUUUGUGCCUUAAAAUUGACUGUAUUGGUCUAUUGUUUUUUCAUUACUAUGUUUACUGCAUGGGUGUAUGGUUUCUUUGGCAGCCAAAAAGACAGGCUACUUUCCAGUUACAAUGCUGGUGAUGGCAGCCUUGAUCAGUAAAGAACUCCUUUCCUAUGUUGUAUGUAACAGGGAAGGCAGUGGUAAAGCUCUGUUUUGGGAGAUAUGGGCAAAUACUAUGUGUGCUGAAUUUGUCAGACAUGAAUGCAAUGAUAAAUGCACAAAGCACAGGAUUGUGAUCCAAAUUAUCAAACAAAAACCUACUUAUGUCUAUAUAAAAGAUGGAGGCUGUACUUGACACUGCCAGUGCCAUAUUAAUUUAAAGCAAUGUUGUUUGUACAAUAUCUAGAAAAAUGGCUCUCAGACUUAUCAAAAUGAAGUACCUUUAUAUACUGCCACCUCAGUGUGUUACCUGUAAAGUCCUGAGACAUCGUAUUGAAUAAGUGUGUGUUUGGGGGGAUUGCCUUUUAUUUCUUUAAGCCACAGCCAUGAGGAAGGGUGAGAGUGUUUUGAGGGGUAAGUUUUCUUUGUAAAUAUGUGUACAAGCUUAUAGGGUGGGCCAUGCAGAAUUUUGUUUGUAUAUUACAGUUAUAUGGAUGAGCUCAUGCGAGCGCACACACAUUUUGAGGCCAGAGCACACAACAUAUUGUGGUGCACAUAAAGAAUUUUGUGUAAUAACACAAAAUGUUGUAUCAAUUAUGACCUGGGCACACGGUUUCCCUUUAAACUAGUUUU